AUGGACCAGUCUUCGUCAACCCGCCCUUCGGGGAUCCCCAGGCCCGCCCCCGCCUCUCGUCUGCCCGUCCUGCGCCAGUCAGCCAGUCAGUCACAGUUGCGUGCCACCCCCUCGACCGAACAACUGCGCAAGAAGCCCUCGCUGGCCUCCAUCUCCCGCCCAACCGCCUCGACCCUGCAGAAGAAGACCUCCAGGGCCUCGCUCAUCCUCCCCAACGGUCCUCCUUCUUCAGGCCAGGCCGCCCCCUCGAUCGCCGCGCCCCCGAGUUCGACUCCAGGACGGACCCCCUACUCCUCUUCCCGCAGAGUCAGUGGCAUCCCCAACUUUGGCCAACGCCGCACCUCCACUGCCGCCUCGAGUGCUUCCUCCAACUACAGCGAUGCUUCGACCUUCAAGAAACCCCUCGCUCGGCCCGUCUCGCAACAGCCAAAGGAAUCGUCACGUCCAACUUCGUCAUCGGUUCCUGGCGGCCCGGAAGACACAUUGGGCCGGCUAGAAGGCUUCAGGUCAGCCUCAAGAGCAUCCUCGCGCGCCAGUUCACGAGCAGCACACCAUGAAAGCGACGCGGAACAUGAAGCCGCCGUUUCGGACGGCUCAGAGCAGCAACGGCCCUCGCUUUCGGAAAGAACCAUAGAGAGUCUAUCGCAACUUCCAUCUUCACCAGCGCCAAAGAAGGGAAGGCGCAGAUCCAGCUUCUUCAACGACAACAGCAUGCCACCACCGCUGCGCCCAGCGUCGGCUACGUCCAAUGGCAGCAGACCAUCGACCAGCGAUGGCUCGCAACAGACCAUCCCAGGGACUCCAAAGAGACUUGCUGUCCCGCCUACCAACAGAAUGUCCAUGACAUCUCCAGGCAAGCGGAGUGCGAGUGCCAACGUCAUUUCAUCAGCUGUAACGCCUACCAGACAAACAUCUCUUGUGCGUUCCGCGUCAACCGUUAAGAAGCAGCCACUAGCGGCAGCCCACAAUGUCCAAGACACACCCAAACCGCGUCUGAUGACCAACACCAAGAACCUCGCCGCCCGCACACCGAGAACCCGCGCAUCCCUCGGCAAUAUGUUUGCACAAGCAACCUCGCCUCCCGGUACUGCCGUAAGUUCUCCAGUCACGGGUCACGAGACCCCCGUGAAAAAGACACCAGACACCGUUCGAAGGGUCGCCAGCUCCUCAGCAGCUUUGCGGGAUCACAUUGCAAAGGCCAAGGCGGCAAAGAAGCCAGACAUUGCUCCGGCACCUGUCGAAGCAUCACCAAAGGCUGCAAGUUCCUCGAGUGCCUUGAGAGAACAGAUUGCAAAGGCCAGGGAGGCUGCCAAGCGAGCAAAGGCCGAGCCCGUUAGGAACAGUACACCCCCUUCGGAUGUCAUCAUUCCCGAUCCGGCCGAAAUUGCAACAUUUGAUUUUGGACUCAAUGACGACCCUUUCAACCAGCGCGCCAAAGGUGGUGGCUCCGUCCUGCGUCGACGUAUCGAUACUGCUCGUGGAGAUGGCCGCUUGAACAUUGCUGCAAUGGGCCUAAAGGAGAUACCAGAUGACGUACUUUCAAUGUAUACUUAUGAUCCCAACGACACAAAGGUGGCGUGGGGCGAGGUUGUAGAUCUUACUUCUAUUCUAGCUGCGGAUAAUGAGCUUGAAAUCAUCCCAGACAGCAUGUUUCCCGACGUUACUGUCGAAGACAUGAUUGACUCCGACGAGGCGGGUCCUCAGUUUGGCGGAGUCCAAAAUAUUGACUUUCACGGCAACAUGCUUCGAGAGUUGCCCAUGGGUCUGAGACGACUUACGCAGUUGUCCAAACUGAACCUUUCAAGGAAUAAGCUGUCCAUGGAGGUAUUUGACGUUAUUGCCCAAAUACCCACUCUUCGGGAAUUGAAACUAGCCGAGAACAACCUGGAAGGCCCCCUGUCACCAGCGUUGUGUGAUCUUACGGCAUUGGAGAUUCUGGAACUACAAGCAAACAAGCUGGAUAGCCUCCCUGGUGGCUUCGAGCGCUUGACUCAACUCCGUACGCUUAACGUAACCGACAACCAGCUCCGCAGCAUUCCCACCGAGGUUUUCUCUUCUGCCCUUAUCGAGCUGCACGCAUCCAAGAAUCGCCUUGAGGGUGCUUUCUUUUCUAGAAAUUCUGCAACGCAUCUGCAAGAACUGCACGUGGCUCAGAACUCCCUUACGUCGCUAUGCGAAGACGACUCAAUUGAUUUGCCCGCACUCAAAAUCUUGAAUGUCUCUAUCAAUCGACUGACCUCUCUACCUGCAGUAUCGGGUUGGAACAAUCUCAUCACUCUGCUAGUGGGAGAAAAUAAGCUCACAGCUCUGCCAGAAGGUUUUACCGCCCUUCAGCAGCUCCGUACUGCAGAUUUUACUGGCAACGACAUAACCCAGCUUGACGAAAAGAUUGCGCUCAUGGAGAGUCUUGACCACCUUACUGUGGCUGCCAAUCCCUUGCGUGAUCGAAAAUUCCUUUCCAUGGGUACUGAAGACUUGAAGCGUGACUUGGCCUCCCGGUUGCCAGCUGAUGAUCUCCCAGCCGAGGUUGAUGAAGAAUUUGUUAAUGAAGAUCCUCAAGAACCUCAAUCCAAAUGGGAACUCACUCCCUCUGGCACUUUAGAUCUAGCAGGCAAGGAUAUGGACGAGCUUGAAGUUGACGACGCUACAUCAGAAGUUCUUGUUAAUGGCCUACGUCAACUCCAACUGCAGCGCAAUAAGUUCAUUACUAUUCCGCCUGUUGUUGGGACUUUCCAACACCUCACUGUUCUUGAUCUUUCCAGGAACGCUAUUGGAGUUGCAUUGUCAGCGCCGCUCGAGCUCGCUCAACUUCGCGAUCUCCGUCUCGCUAGCAACAAGCUGACAAGCUUGACACCACUGACGGCCCACCUCACAGCACCGCACCUUGUCACCUUGGACGUUUCGAUAAAUCGGCUGAGUGGUGCUCUGCCUGCCCUUCACACCUCAUUUCCGUCGCUCACCACGCUGUUGGCAUCGGACAAUAAGAUUUCAGAGGUCUCUGCCGAAAGUCUGACGAACCUAAGGAUUGUGAACCUCGGAAACAAUGACAUUGACCGCUUGGAGCCACGUAUCGGCUUGCUCCAAGGCACUCUUACUGGCUUCGAGGUUGAAGGAAACAGGUUUAGGGUACCCAAUCGGCAAGUCCUACAAAAGGGUACAGAUGCCGUUUUGACAUGGCUUCGAGACAAGAUACCAAGGGAGAGUUGGAAGAGUACCGACAGCGCAAGUACUGAAUUCUUCGAUGCUGAUGAUGGUGGUUUUUAG